UUAGAUGUACCGCGUGGACAUCUGGCGGGUCGAACCAGCUGCUUUCUCAUGCAAUAUAUCCUCACUAUACGCGCAACGUGCUGCAAUUCUGUGCACCGCACAACUAUACUGAUAAUGUCGAUACGUGCGUGCCCACUGGCGCAAAUAUGGAGGGAUAAGCGAGAUCAAUAUUUAAUAUUUCGCCAUCAAGAUUUUUCAAAUUUCUUUAGAUUACCUUGGAUUCCUCAUUUAAGGGCUUGGCCUGGUCACUCGUCCGCCCUCAAGCUACGGCGGGGUUUUCCAACAUGUUCAGGCGCGUUGCCCUUUGUUUGCUUCUCCUCUUCACUGCAUCCGUCUUCGCCUUCCCUUUUCCCCAACGGCAGGUGUUACGCCGCCCUGCACCUCAGCUUCGGGACCCUGUGUACGGGGGAACGAACGCGAAGCGACUCGCGAGGGGCUUGCCCCCUUUACCGCCAGUUCGGAGAUUUAAUGUGAAUAUUUCACGAUCUGACACUGCCAAAAGGGCACAGGUCAGCGGCACAACGGCCUGGACCGGCAGAAUUCAAGUAAAUCUCGUCCCUGGUGAAAACCCCCUUGGUGCAGACCCCCUUGGUGGAAAUCCUGGAUACCUCCGGCCGACCGAUGGUAGUGCUGAUCGGUACAUGGUAGUUAGUAAGGCGACCGACGCCGAUACUUUCUCGACCACAUUCUAUCAAGAUGGUGUCACUCCCGUGAGCUUCAAGAGUGAGAAUGGCUUGAGCGCGAAACCUCUGAGUGCCCGUCCCUAUUUGGCAGGUCUCGUCGAUCCGAAUAUUAAACUCGGUGCGUUAAACGCGAUCACUGUUUUUCUGGGGAGUUCAGUGCAAACUAAUUCCGGUGACGGCCCUCAAUCUGGUGGUGCAGCCUCCGUUCCUGGACUGAGCUACGAGACGAGAUUUUGGCUCUACGAUCCUUCAACUAACAAUAUCACACCCGAAUGGGUGGAUACUAAUCAUAAUAAGCUAAAGCUAUCAGCCGUGUGGGAUCAUGUUGGCCAGAGAUCUAUCUCACGUCAGAUCCGGGGGGCGUCACCUUCGCUGUUUCUGAGUCAAGAAAUGUGACACUCUCUGCAGUUAACUAUGAUAAUCCCGGUAUCUAGACAUCCAUCCAGUUGUGGAUCACUUUGCUCCAGAUUUGUACCAUUCCCAAUUACACGGGAAAUGACCAGUGCGACUUGUGGUCUUUCGGUGCAUCACGUCCGAUAACCCCUCAUAGACUAUACAUGUUCGUUAACUUGCACAAAAAUUAUAAGACGAAAUGGAGGACUAGCGAGUUAUAUCGCUCAGUCCCAUUGUACGUG